UACUUGAACUCCUAUAUUAGUUCUUCUGUGUUGUGUGAUUUGUCUUAAGAGAAAAUAAAUGAGAUCAAUGGCUCAGAAAUCGGUUUUGAUGUUAUGCGGAGAGUUCAUGGAAGCCUACGAGACCAUAGUACCUCUCUACAUUCUCCAAGCCUUCGGCGUUAACGUCCACUGCGUUUCUCCUGCUCGCAAAACUGGCGACAAGUGCGUCAUGGCCGCUCACGAUCUUCUCGGCCUCGAGAUAUACACUGAGUUGGUGGUUGACCAUCUAACACUAAACGCAAACUUCGAAGACGUCAUCCCCGACCAUUACGACGCCAUCAUCAUUCCCGGUGGACGUUUCACGGAGCUUCUGAGCGCAGACGAGAAAUGCGUGAGUCUUGUCGCUAGAUUCGCCGAACUCAAGAAGCUCAUCUUCACGAGCUGCCACAGCCAGCUGUUUCUCGCUGCUGCGGGUCUGCUCACCGGUGGAAUGAAGUGCACGGCGUUCGGAAGCAUGAAGCCGUUGAUAGAGCUCUCAGGCGGCGCGUGGUGGCAACAGCCCGGAGUCCAGACCCUUUUCGACAUCACUGAUUGUGUCAAGGACGGAAGUUUCAUGUCUACUAUGGGGUGGCCUACUCUUGCUCACAGCCUCAGAGUUUUGUUGGAAUCACUUGGCUCCAAGAUUUCUAGCUCCAAUGAGAAUCAUCAGCCUUCUUUGCUCUUCUUGAUUGGGGACUGUGUUGAAGACUACAGUAUCAAUGUACCAUUUAAAGCGUUUCAAGCUCUAGGAUGUAAAGUGGAUGCAGUGACGCCAAACAAGAAGAGAGGUGAGAAAUGUGCUACUAUCGUUCACGACCUCGAGGACGGACGGCAACUUCCUACUGAGAAGUCUGGCCACAACUUCUAUGUGACCAUUGGGUGGGAUGAUGUCUCCGUGGAUGAUUACGACUGCAUCGUGGUACCCGGAGGAAGAUCGCCUGAGCUCUUGGUGAUGAACCCCAAGGCCGUAGAAUUGGUCAGAACGUUUGUUGAGAAAGGCAAGUUUGUUGCUGCCAUUGGAAUGGGAAAUUGGCUACUUGCCGCUACAGGCACUCUUAAGAAGAAGAGAUGUGCAAGUAGUUAUGGGACAAAAGUAGCUGUAAAGGUUGGUGGUGGUGAGAUCGUGGAAUCAGAGCGGUGUGUGACGGACGAGAAGCUGGUCACAGCCGCAGAAACGUCAGAUCUUCCUGCUUUUAUGUAUGCGUUGUCGGGUGCACUUGGUCUCUCUGUUGUAUUCUAAUAAUGUCUCAAUGGUGUUUCGAUGCGCGUAGUAGUAAUGCCUUAAAAAUAAAACGUAUAAAGUGUGGCAUGAUGUGCAUUACUUCAAUUUGCAUGAAUCUUAAUUCGUAAACACUAAACAAGCGCUAGCCGCUUUAUUGACAAUGCAUGUACGUUGUACCAUCGCUUGCGUUUUUCUUACUUUUUUUUUUUUGUAGUUGCAAUGAUAAACCCAUCACCGAAAUAAAUUGUAUUUCCUGGUUAAAUAGUAAA